UGCACAUAAAAAUUUUCGGUUUCGGUUUUUGCUUUAGUUGAGAGAAAAUCGUCGCUUAGUUAACGUCGCCCAAGAACUGAAGAACUGGCAGUGCACCACAAACGCCACGAAUAUACGAAACCGAUCCAAGUCCAAAUCAAAAACCCAAUCGAAACCGAAUCGAAUCGAAUCCCAGCUAAAGCCACCCGAUCGGAAUAAAUCGUCAGCGCUAAAAGAAGAUGGCCCAACCACAGCUGCUGCAAGUCAAAUUGUCACGUUUCGAUGCCCAGCCCUGGGGAUUCCGCCUUCAGGGGGGCACGGACUUCGCCCAGCCCCUGCUGGUGCAAAAGGUGAACGCCGGCAGCUUGUCCGAGCAGGCUGGCCUGCAGCCCGGCGAUGCGGUGGUGAAGAUCAACGACGUGGAUGUCUUCAAUCUACGGCACAAGGAUGCCCAGGACAUUGUGGUGCGCUCAGGCAACAACUUUGUCAUCACAGUGCAGCGUGGCGGCUCCACCUGGAGGCCGCAUGUGACGCCCACGGGCAACGUGCCGCAGCCCAACUCGCCGUAUCUGCAGACGGUGACGAAGACCUCUCUGGCUCACAAACAACAGGACAGCCAGCACAUCGGCUGUGGCUACAACAACGCGGCCCGUCCCUUCGCCAACGGCGGCGAUGGCGGCGUGAAGAGCAUUGUCAAUAAACAAUACAACACCCCGGUUGGCAUUUACAGCGAGGAAUCUAUUGCGGAAACACUCUCGGCCCAGGCGGAGGUUUUGGCCGGCGGUGUGCUCGGCGUCAACUUUAAGAAGAACGAGAAGGAAUACCAGGGUGAUCGCUCCGAGGUUCUGAAGUUCCUGCGCGAGGAGGAGACCGGCCAGUCCACUCCAGCAUUCGGCAACAGCCACUGCGAGCAUGAUGCACCCCGGCAACAGCAACAGCAACAGCCACAACAGCAACAGCAAUACAACCAACAACAGCAGUACAACCAACAACAACAAUACAAGCCACCACAACAACACUAUCACCAGCAACACCAACAACAACAACAACAGCAAUCGAGCACCACUCGCCAUGUCAGCGCCCCCGUGAACUCCCCCAAGCCCCCGAGCACCGGCGGACUCCCAACUGGCCAGAACAUUUGCACCGAAUGCGAGCGCCUCAUUACUGGCGUGUUCGUGCGCAUCAAGGACAAGAACCUGCACGUGGAGUGCUUCAAGUGUGCCACCUGCGGCACCUCGCUGAAGAACCAGGGCUACUACAACUUCAACAACAAGCUCUACUGCGACAUCCACGCCAGGCAGGCCGCCAUCAACAAUCCGCCCACCGGCACCGAGGGCUACGUUCCCGUCCCCAUCAAGCCCAACACCAAGCUGAGUGCCUCCACCAUCUCGUCGGCCUUGAACUCGCACGGAUACGGUGGCAACUCGAACGGCUACUCCAAUGGGAACUCCGCCCCUGCCCCGGCACCGCCUGAGUCUGAGAGCAGCCAGGAGCUGCCCCUGCCACCGCCCCCCUCGCCCACCCAGCUGCUGCAGUACGAGGCGGAGCAGCAGCAGCAGCAACAGCAAGUCUCCCCGGAGCAACACCUGUCCACCAGCCAGCAGCAGCAGCAAAAGCAGGAGCACACGCGCACCCACAGCAGCCUGUCAUCCAUCUCCAGUGGUUCCUCCUCCUCCGGAGUGGGCGGCAGCGGCAGUGGGAGUGGCAGUGGCAGUGGAGUGGGCCAGAGCCAGCAGAGCUACUCAUCCACCCUGUCGCUGGACCGCUUUGGCUCGCCCCUGCACUCGCGCCAGACAUCCGGCUCCUCCACGUCGCUGGAGGUGUCGCUGGCUGCUCCGGCCGCUGGUCAGGGCGAUAAUUACACAAUGGCGCCGCCCUCCCCGCCGCCACCGCCCCCUCCGCAGACUCUGUCCCAGUCCCAGGCCGUGACGAAUUACAGGCUGCAGGCGGCGCAGAAUGAGAACGACAUGAAUACGCAGAACAAGAGCCCCAAUGCGUACAACCAGCUGUUGAAAGAGUACUCCAACAAGCUGCAGCAGCAACACCACAACAACACACCCACCCAGCACACGACAGCAACACCAGCAACAACUACACCCUCACAGAGACACAACAACAACACGGCCAAGCCAUUUGCAGUGCAACAGGCAACAGCACCACAGCAACACCUGCCCCACCAGCAACACCAACAACAGCCGCUUGUGGCAGCGCUAACGGCGACACUUGCUAAUCAAUUGAAAUUUAACCCACAUCAGGUUGCAAGCCCCCAAGCAACAUUAGCAACAGUAGCUCCAGUAGCAACAUCAGCUGCAGCAGCAGCAACACCUCUAGCAGCAACUGCAACAGAUAGCCCGGCUGCAACAGCAACAUCUGACAAUAUGUCGGCCUACGUGGCGGAUGAGCCGUCCUCGAUUUAUGGCCAGAUUAGCACCAACUCGGGGGCCUCAGCCCCACCACCUCUAUCCCAAUCCGGGGAUCAGCCCUUCGAGUACGUCACGCUCACCGGCAACGUCAUCCGCAGCGUGCAGGCCCCCGGAAAGGGGGCGGCCCCCAGCUACAAGGUGAACCAGGGCUACGCUCGUCCCUUCGGCGCCGCCGCUCCCAAGUCGCCGGUGUCCUAUCCGGUGCAGCAGCAACAGCAGCAGUCGCCGCGUCCCGCCCCCGGCGGCAACAACCCGUACGCCACUCUGCCCCGCAGCAAUGUGGGCCAACAAGGUGGAGAGGUUGUGGAGGAGCUGCAGCCGGAAUUCGAGGAGGAUGACUGCUUCGAGAUGGACAUCGAGGUGGCCCUGGCCGCCAGUCGUCAGUCGCAGCGUGGCUCCAGUUUCACCUGGCCACCGCCGCAGGAUGACAGCCACCUGGCGCCCACCGCCGCACCACUGUAUAUCCCUCCUCCGGAGACGCAACAUGUGGUGGUUACCAAUCCGGUGCAGCAAGUGCCUCCCUUACCACCUGGAGGAGCCACUGCUCGACUAGAUCCGCAGCCUCAGGGUGAAGCAACUGCUCCAGGAGCUCCCCAGUGGCAGAGCUACUCGGCUCCACAGCUGACCAACCGCCAAUUGGCGGAGCAGGAGUCCAGCUCGGAUAGCUAUACAUCCACCUCGACCACGACGACAACCACUUCGGAGGAGUAUCAGCGAAUGUAUGCCGCCCAGAUUCAGGCCUACCAAAUGCAGGAACAGUCUGGCUCAGAGUUCGACUACCAGGUGGACUACGGCAGCACCCAGGACUCCAUUCAUGAGUAUGCCUCGGGUAGGAGAAGUGCCCAGGAGUGUGUGGACUCCCUGGCGGUGCCCCUGAGCACCUACAAGCUGGUCGAUAUGGUAAGGGAGGUGACACCCAGUCCCGUGACCACGCCCACUCAAACUCCCGCUCCUGCUCCCUCCAUCCGCCGCGUUGUGUUCAACGAUGAGCCCGAGAUCAAGGAGUUGCCCCAACUGCCCGGCGAACUGGAGACCAUUCCCGAGGCCUCAGAGGGUGUCGAGGAUCGGGAGGAUCGUGAGGGUCUCGUGAUCGAACAGCGCUGCCAGAUUCUGGAGAGCGAACGCAAGUUCCAGCCCACGCCCGAGAUCAAGUUCGAGAUUGCCCCUGUGCGCCAGAUACCACCCACCAAGAUACCCAACCCAAUGCCCAAGGAGUGGAUCAACCCCAUGAUUCGAGUGUUGACCACAGCCCCGGAGGUUCCCUUCCACCUGGUGGAGUGUCCUUUUCCCCGGCCCUGUGGGGACGACUUCGAAGCAGAGGCGGCGGCCGCUGAAGCCGCUCGAGCCCAAGAGGUUCCCGCUCCACCUCCUCCUCCUCCUCCACCACCAGCUCCAGUUGAGCCAUCUCCUGCUCCCCUGCGGGAAUCUCCUCCCCGGGGAACCCGUCUCUCCCAGGCCAUGGUUACCGCUCCCGAAUUCGAGCUUAAGUUCGCCCCUCCCGCUGACCAGGGAAUCCCUCUGCCGGAGGAGACGGAGCCCUAUAUGCCACCACCCAUCGAAAUUAAACCCUACCUGCGGGAGGACUAUCGACCCAAGUCGCCGUUUGUGAGUGCCCUGACCACCGCUCCCGAGCGUCCCUUCGAAGGUCACUUCGACAAGGAUGUGCCCAUCCACAUGAUCGACCUGCCCACCCCUAAGGAGCAUCUGAGCAUGUGUGACGCUUUGUGCACCGCCCCGGAACGUGGUUACACCCCCCUGAAUCCCGAGAAUGCCAUGCAUCGCGUGGACGAGGAGCAGAAGCAGCAGGAACUCAAGAAGCAUGAAUUUCAGGUGCUGGACCACGAGGAGGAGCUGGGCAUCCGGCCGGAGCCACCGCAGUCGGUGGAGUUCUACGAAACGCGGAGGGAUCAGCCCCGAAAGUCCUCCGCCUUUGCGGCCAUGCAAGCAUUCCAGCCAUCUCGAGAACCCCUAUCCUCCAACUCGGCUUCGAAUGCUGGCAGCGUGGUGGACACUCCCCGAGCAUCCAUUGUGUCCGCCCUGAAAGAGGAAACUGAUCUGGAGUACCAGAAGUACCUCAAGGCCCAGCAGCGUAAUCAGAAAAGAUUGGACUACUUCCACCAGAAGGAGGAGGAGUUGUCGGGCCUCCAGGGCCAGCAGCUGACCCAGCUGCAGAGGGAACUCUCGAACCAACAGCAGAACCUCCUGAACCAACAGCAGCUGCAGCAAUCCAAGUUGUUGCAACUGCAGCAGUGCGCCCAAAGCCAAGAGUUGCAGCAACAGGUGCAGCAACUCAGCCAGAAGUCGCAGCAGCAGGAGCAACAUCUCCUGACACAGCAGCAGCAACCUCCUCAACAGCAGCAGCAGCAACACUCCCAAGUCACCCAAAGAACCCAACAGCAACAAGUGUCCCAUCAACAACAACAACAACAAGUAACCCAACAGCAACAUCGACACUCCCUGCUUUCGCAAACCGAGACCCAAACCCUUCAGGCCAACGCCCAAUCUCAGAGUUCCGCCUCCUACAGCUCCAAAGCGACUGCUUGCUCUAACUCCUCUUCCACAGUCCCACCUGCCACCUCAACCGCUUUCGCACCUGCUCCAGCACCUGCUCCAGCUCCUGCACCUGCACCUGCUCCUGUGAGCACACCUGUCCGCCCACCAGCCCUCGCUGUACAAAGUAGCUACUGCAGCACCACCCAGUACGAUGCCCACGAACUGUUCGAGGAGACCGCCGAGGAGCUUGAGCACUCGCCGGUCCUGUUCCCGCCGCCCUCCCCGCUGAGCCACCUGACCAAGCAGGGCAAAGCCGUACAGUCCGGCCUCCACAGGGCGGACAGCAUCCCCAAGUACCAGCGCAACUGGACGGUGCUGCCCACCCAGAGUCCCAUUCGCACUCCGGAGCCGCAAGAGCUGCGCGAGAACGUGCCGCUGGCGUUCGUGGAUGCCCCCAAGGCGCCGGUCACCAGCGACUCCUCCACUGUACAUAGACCCAUAGCCAUAGCCCAGGUUGCCCCACCGACAACUGUGGUCGCUCCCUCCCGGGAAAGGGAAAGGGAGACUCCGAAGCCACGACCACAGCUGUCGGUGCCCAUUAUAGUCGAGGAUCGAUCGGGUCCAGUAACGAUGGCUUUUCAACCGCUAGACGAACUGGUGCGACCGGACCAGGCCCUCACGCCCACCAGGCCGUACACCCCGUCGCUGACCAACAAGCCGGCCCCGAUUGUGCCCUUCUACCAGACGGAGGAGAAGCUGGUCUUCGAGGAGUGCGCCGCCUCGCAUGCCAGGAACUACAACGAGCUGUGUGCCUCGCCCUUUCCAGACAGGACACGUUCCCCGGCUCCGGGACCACCACCGAAUCCGCUGAAUGCCAUUCGAGCUCCUAGGAUGAAGGAACCAGAACCGAAGUCGACCAUUCUGUCCGUGUCCGGAGCUCCUCGCCUGCAGACGGGCUCCAUAACCACGGGUCAGAGCUACCAGGGUCAGCUUUUGGCCCACUCAGAGCAGAGCUCGCAGUCGGCCAGCCAGAGCUUCAGCCAGCAGCCGGAAAGGAUUACGGAACAGAGGGUGGGCAAUCUGAGCAUCCAGCAGAGGGAGCAGUCCUCCCAGUUGCAACAGCAAGCUCAGUCGCAAUCCCAGAGUCAAACACGCAGCCAGGUGGGCAACACCCAGAUCGAGAGGCGUCGCAAGGUCACCGAGGAGUUCGAACGCACUCAGAGUGCCAAGACCAUAGAGAUCCGUACUGGCUCCCAGUCGGUCACUCAGUCCAGGGGUCAAUCUCAAGCCAUCAGUCAGAGCCAGGCUCAAUCGCAGGCUCAAUCUCAGGUUCAAUCACAGGCUCAAUCUCAGAACCAAUCGGACACAGAGCGUCGCUCCUCCUACGGCAAGACGGGAUUUGUGGCCAAUCAGGCCAAGCGUCUGUCCUGUUUGGAGCAGGAGAUCAGCAGCCUGACCAGCCAGUCCCAGGCCAUCAGUGCCAGGGCCUCUGCCCUCGGAGAGGGUUGCUUCCCAAACCUGAGAUCACCGACCUUUGACUCGAAGUUUCCACUCAAACCGGCGUCCGUGGAGUCCACAGUGCCUGGCUAUGGAACAGCACCGGCAGCCACGGACAAGCUAAUGGCACCUCCACCGGGAUUCCUGCAGCAGCAGCAGCAACAGCAGCAACAGAGAUCCGCGUUUUCCGGCUACCAAGCCACCACUUCGGCGGUGCAGCAGAGCUCCUAUGCGAGCAGCGCGAAAGCCACCUCCUCAUCGCUCUCAUCCUCAUCAGCAUCUGCUUCAGCAUCAGCAUCCGUCGCGAGAUCGUCGCAAAGUCUAACCCAAGCUUCUGCUAUUACUACCACCACUAAUAACCAGGCCACCACGGCCUUCAGGAGCAGCAAUGGCAGCACCAUCAAGCCUAAUCCGGCCUCACGGCCAUCCAUCGCUUCCAUCACAGCUCCAGGAUCAGCCAAUGCUACUGCUCCAGCUCCAGUUAAAGCCAUUGCUCCGUUGAAAACCCCGAUUGCUCCGAAAUCGGUGAUAGCCAACGCCUUUAACGCUGCUGCUCCACCUGCGCCUGCGCCCGCUGUCUUCCCGCCAGACUUGGGUGAUCUGAACCUGAACUCUAAUGUGGAUGAUUCUGCAGGUGCCGGUGCCGGAGGAAAGAGCGCUGGAGCGUUCGGUGCCACCUCGGCGCCCAAGAGGGGCAGGGGCAUCCUGAACAAGGCGGCCGGACCAGGAGUCCGCAUCCCAUUGUGCAACAGCUGCAACGUGCAGAUCAGAGGACCUUUCAUCACAGCGCUGGGCCGCAUCUGGUGCCCGGAUCACUUCAUCUGCGUGAAUGGCAACUGCCGUCGUCCCCUUCAGGACAUUGGAUUCGUUGAGGAGAAGGGCGAUCUGUACUGCGAGUACUGUUUCGAGAAGUACCUGGCUCCCACGUGCAGCAAGUGCGCCGGCAAGAUCAAGGGUGACUGUUUGAAUGCCAUUGGCAAGCACUUCCAUCCGGAGUGCUUCACCUGCGGCCAGUGCGGCAAGAUCUUUGGCAACAGGCCCUUCUUCCUGGAGGAUGGCAACGCGUAUUGCGAGGCCGACUGGAACGAGCUGUUCACCACCAAAUGCUUCGCCUGCGGCUUCCCCGUGGAAGCUGGCGACAGAUGGGUGGAGGCCCUGAACCACAACUACCAUAGCCAAUGCUUCAACUGCACGUUCUGCAAACAGAACCUGGAGGGCCAGAGCUUCUACAACAAGGGCGGACGUCCCUUCUGCAAGAAUCACGCGCGCUAAACCGCCGACCAGAUGAUUUUGUUCGACUUCAGGGAUCACGCACACUAACCAACACCAACAACUAUCUAUCACAAUCCUCGGAUUACUUGGAUAUGAGAGCUUGCUCUCAGCUCGUAUCUAAUGCUUAUUAUUGCAAUUGUCAGAGUGAAUAAUGCGUAACAAUUAUUAUUUCUAUUUGUUUUUGAAUUGUGCACACAAAUGUUAUCCUAAUUUUAAAUGAUGAACGAAUCACUCAAAAUCAAAAACGUAAAAACGUAGCUGCAAACGACACGAAAUCGAAUUACAUAGCUAGCAAAUUGUAUGCCCCACACAAACAAUACCACACACCACUAUUAUUUAUUCAAACAUCGUAAUCGUAUAAUCAUAACCGAACUACCGAUCCCACGCUAAAUAUGUAUGUACUGUGGCCAGAGUUUAUUUACUUAGUUGAGCCUGAAAACUGUUGAUCAACCCGCAAGCAAAAAAGCUAACAAAUCGCGCGAGGGGAUUUCGAUUACCCAAUUUAAUUCGUCGACGCAAUCGGAAGAGUCAGAAAUGCCAUACAAACGAGGUUGUCAGCAGGCAGUUGCUUACUUAAUUUCUAAAUUUAUGUUGUAAAUUAUCCAUAAUUCGAUUGUAAAUUGUAAAUGAUCAUCAGCAAGUGAAUAAAUUUCGAAAUCUUUUUCGCGUUUAA